CACUGAGUCGAUUGCUCAUCCAAAGAAACAUCGCGAAUUUAGAAUUCUGCGCUUUGUUUUAAGCCUUGUUAAAAUGAUUUCAAUUUUCAAUAAACACUGCCUGUUCAAGUUAACUUAAUUAGUUCUUAUCUCACAAAUGUGAUAAAAGGUAGUCUUUUGUAGACUAAACCCAGUGAGAAAAAUGACUUUGCUGGGGCUUCCCGUGUUGGUCAUAGAAAAUAUAUUUUCGUAUUUAUCGUUCGAUGAAAUUGCUAAGAACCGACUGGUGUCAAAAGAAUUUAAUGACAUUUGUAUGAGAAUAUUGAACAGAGGGUUCCUUAUGAUUGAGAGGAGACAUGCGCUUGCACUUAAGAGUGUUAAGGCCCAGCUACCUCGGAGAGAGUCAGAACGCAGAUACCAUCCAUUAUCUCGACACUGUGAUAUCCUAACAUCCAUAGAGACUCGUAUAUCUAUGCUCAAUAUGACGUACACUAAGUUCAUAGACAAUGGAUUAUGCUGCUUCAUACCAGGACGGGUAAUCGACGAGAUAAGACGCGUGCUAAUCAUCGUGGAGUCAUCCAAAACGCCGCCGCGCGCUCAUGAAGUAUUACAAGAGUUGCGUGACAUUUCCAGUAUGGCCAUCGAACAUUUUGAUGAUAAGAUAUCUCCCGCCUUCCGCAGGCGUCUGCAAGAGGGCGCCGUGCAGCCCUGCCCGCGAACCUCGCAAGCGGUCCUCGCGCCAAUAGCGGCCCGUCAAGAGAUGCUGCAUCUCCGUCGAAGGUCCAUCUUAAACGCGAAACUGUCCUUGUACCUCGCCGCUCAGUACAAGAAAUAUCAUAAACGGAUGAUGGACUACAAGAAAAUCGCGUGGAAACAGCAUAAAGCUAUCCGAGACAUGUCCAAACGACAGAGACAGCAAGACAACGCUAUAGCGGAUCUCAAGAAGCGUAUAGAAGAGUGCGACAUAAAGUACAGUGAACUGACUCACACCAACCAAGCGGCUGGAGGAAAAGCUAUCGCAGCAACAGCAGCCAGUGAUGCUGCGUCAGGGUCUCAGCCGCUCCGCCAUUUCGGCAGCCAGAUCAAACUGGACCUCUCCGUACUACCUAUCGGUACAUCGAAGAGGAAUCAGGCUAAAGCUCUACCUAAUAUAAAGCCACGGAAACCUCUAAUAAAACUGCCAAGCCUAUCCGAAGAUUUGGACCCGAAAUCGGACCCAAACCCGGGUCCUUCCACGUCAACUCAGAGCCCCAAAACUAAAAACCAGUCAACAAUGGCCAAAAUCCGGGGGAUCACCAACGAGAUACGCCAUCUAUCGAAUUUGUCCAAAAGCUUCGAAGGGAAACUCAAACGUAUGUCGAAUACUGAACAAGAUGAUGUCGAAGCAAAGAAGCUGAAAACGGAAUAAAUAAAAAUACAAUGUUUUAGUGAUUCUAUGAAAACUAGCAUUAAAUUCAAAAUCAUUUGAUUUUUAAUCAAAUUCAAAAUAUUCAAUUAA